AUGUCAGGUAAAGGUAUUAACACUAAUAGUAACAUGUACAGCCCUGGUUCUGGAUCUAUAUCAAAAGAAAAUGCUGAUAUCUCGAAUAAUAAUAAAAAAUUUGGAAUCAGUACACCUACCCUACCCGUCACCAAUACUACUACUACUGCUGCUACUACUACUAAUACUACUAAUAAUAAUACUAACAACAACAACAACAACAAAUAUAUUGCUUCCUCUAUACUUCCAGCUAGUAGUAGUAGAAUUCAGAAUCAGCAUAAACACAAAAAUAGUACUAUAGAUAUCACGUUAAACAGUUCUGGGAAAAGAAUCGCAUUGGCUGAAGUUAAUAGAAAUAACCGCUUGGCUUUACCCGCAACUAUUCUAAAAAACGCAGCAGCAAAUGACUCAAAUAAAGAAGAUACUUUUUUUUUGGAAAAUUCUUGUUCUAAUGCGUAUGCUUCAAGCUCUUCUCCACCACCUCUUUCUAUAUCUUCCUCUUCUAUUACCAAAAGUGAAAACAUAUCAACGCAUCCUGUCAAGGAUACUGCUGUUGCUGGUACUAUUACCACAAAAGAAGAACAUGCAUCUACCUACAACACCAAGUCUUCCUCUAUCUCAAGAAAAAGAUUUAUCUAUAAUGAUCAGGAUACCAGUAUUACCGGUAUAGACAAAGCAUAUACAAAUAAUAACGACUGCAUCGAUACUAAGACAGAAUUUUACGUUGAUGAGGAUGAUACUAAGUUACCUUUAUCUUCGCCAAAAAGAAUAAAAUUUUCCUCUUCUGUAACUUCAACAUCAAGAAAAUGCAAUGAAACUACUUUAGUACCAAGCAGCGGAGCUACAAGUUCCAAAUCAAAUAACACUAAUACUUACAAAGAUCUAGAUUCCGAGGAAGCUAAUGAUAUCACCAUGGUUACUGAAUAUACAGAUGAAAUAUUUAGUUUUCUGUAUGAAAAAGAGUCUUCUUCAUUUAAUUUAAUACCGCAAUUCAACUAUGUCGAAUUGAAAACUAGUUCUGUAUAUUUAAGGCCUUCCUUAAGAGCCGUUUUGGUAGAUUGGCUGAUUCAAGUUCAUCAAAGUUUUAAAUUGUUCCCAGAAACACUUUUUCUGGCUAUCAAUAUUAUGGAUAGAUUUAUGAGUCUGAAAAAAAUUAGUCUUUCUAAAUUACAAUUAGUAGCCAUUACAAGCUUAUUUAUAGCUGCAAAAUUCGAAGAAGUUGUAUUACCCAAAAUAAAAAAAUAUAGUUAUAUGACAGACGACGCUUAUGACGAGGGGAAUAUAAGAGAUGCUGAAAUGUAUAUUUUACAAACUUUACAAUUUGACUUGGCUUACCCAAAUCCGUUAAAUUUUUUGAGAAGAAUAAGUAAAGCUGAUGGAUAUGAUUUCAAAUGUAGAACAGUUGCCAAGUUUUUUUUGGAAUAUAGCAUUUGCUGUUCUAAAUUUAUAUCUGCCAAGCCUUCUAGAUUAAGUUGCAUGGCCAUGUUUUGUGCUAGAUCAGUUUUUAAUAAAAAACCAAUAUGGGACAAAACUUUGGAACAUUACAGCGGUGGUUAUGAUCCAUUAAAUGACACGAUUUUGCAAGAUGAUAUUUUAACUUUGAUAACGGAAGUUGCUUUUCCUUCCACUGAACUAUCUGCUCUUCAUACUAAAUAUAAGAGUAAAAUGUACGGCAAAGUUUAUAAUAUAGCAAAAAGUUGGUGUGUAUCUGUAAUAACAGAUGGUAAGGAACAAAAUGAUGUCACCUUUACUCCUUCCAGUACUGCUAAGUCUAAAAAGCAAUGUAAUAUUUUUACACCCAGUCAUUAA